CUUUGUUUUCGCCUUGUCAGGAAAAUAGCAACAAUGAGGCCAGUUUUCGUCGGCAACUUCGAGUACGAAACUCGGCAAUCGGAGCUGGAUCGGUUGUUCUCUAAAUACGGGAGGAUCGAGCGGGUCGAUAUGAAGUCUGGAACUUGUCUACUAAUGGAAAUUGAUCUGAGCUUCUAUCUGGGCUAGCCAACAUCAUGCCAAAUUUUUAAUUAAGGAAACCGUCCUGGUUGCCUGCUUCUCUACACUCCAUUCACAGAUAGCAACAUUCUGCAUUUUCUUCACUCGAUCAUCCGUUACUCACCCACUUCAUCGCAUAACGUUGCCAUUUCACAAGAAUUGUCAUUGUCGGAUCAUUUAUUUUGCCAUGCCUACCACAAGUCCACCACUGUUCAUAGGGGAUUAAAUGAAAUCUGGCCAUGCCUUCAAUCACUGAUAAUAGGGGAUCUUUGAUUCUGCAUGCCAUGCCUUCCAUUACUGCACUCGUGCUCUCCAAAUGAUAAUAGGGGAUCUUUGAUUCUGUCAUGCCAUGCCUUCCAUUACUGAACUUGUGCUCUCUGAAUGGCGAAACAUGCUUACCAAUGAUUCAGACUUGAAACUUUGGAUUAAAACCUUUAGUAUGCUACCAUCAUGAUUUAGUUCUUCAUGCAACGCCUCUACCGUCUUAUGUUCAUCAAGCCCCUCACGUAAAUGCAGGUGUUGUUGUAUUUACUUUAGUUUGUGGCAGGGGAAAUAUAUACGAGGCUGAUGUAUGGCAGGGGAAAGGUUAUAUGCAGAUGCUUCCUUUGUUCUUUUCUGUUUCUGAUUUUUUCCUCUGUUUCAGGUUUUGCCUUCGUCUAUUUUGAGGAUGAGCGGGAUGCUGAAGAAGCUAUCCAUCACCUUGAUAAUAGGCCAUUUGGUUAUGACAGGCGCAGGCUGUCUGUGGAAUGGGCUAAGGGUGAACGUGGUCGCCAUCAUGAUGGGUCUAAAUCACUGGCAAACCAAAGGCCCACUAAAACUUUGUUUGUUAUCAACUUUGAUCCUGUUCACACCAAGGUUCGUGAUAUUGAAAGACACUUUGAGCCUUAUGGGAAGGUGCUUCAUGUCAGAAUUCGUCGGAACUUUGCAUUUGUGCAGUUUGACACACAGGAAGAAGCUACCAAAGCUCUUCAGGCUACACAUUUGAGCAAGAUCCUAGACAGGGUUGUCUCUGUGGAGUACGCCCUGAGAGAUGAUAGUGAGAGAGGUGAUGUCGAGAGAGGUGAUCGCUAUCGCGAUAGCCCUCCUAGAAGAGGCACUUAUGGUAGGCGUGGUGAUAGUCCUUAUGGGAGAUCACCAAGUCCUGGUUAUCGCAGGCGCCCCAGUCCUGAUUACGGUCGUCCCCGCAGCCCAGUUUAUGACAGGUACAACGGUCCAGUGUAUGACAGGCGCAGGAGUCCUGAAUAUGGAAGGAAUGAGAGUCCUGAAUACGGCAGAUACCGCAGUCGCUCGCCUAUCCGAAGAUCAAGAACUUGAAGUCAUCUGAUGCAGUAGUCAGCUCAUCGUUAUCUUCGGUGGUUUUGCUAUAUAGCUUUUAGGUACAUUUGUAGAGGAUGAAACGUAUUGUGAUAGUACUUAGUUUAUGGUUAUGAUAGGUAUUUGGAUUCCAAAAUUUGCUGUCGUUAUCGUGUUCAAGUUGUGCUCUCUAGGGUUGGAAAUAACUAAGAAUGGGCUAGGUUUCUGCUGGAACACAUUGUCUCGACUCUUAUCGCAUCUGUAAUUUACCCCCUCGUAUGGAGAAAUGUUUGGAUUUGGUUAAUAUUUAGUUCAGUUUUUGGAAAGUCGAAA